UGCUGUGAGUGUGGGAAAAGCUUCAAUCGUACCUCAGCCCUUAGUAGGCAUCAGCGAAUACACAGAGGAGAAAGACCCUAUGAAUGCUGUGAGUGCGGGAAAAGCUUCACUCAGAGAUAUACCCUUAACUCUCAUCAGAGAAUCCACACAGAAGAGCGACCCUACAAAUGCUGCAAGUGCGGGAAAAGCUUCACUCAGAGAUCAGCCCUUAUCUCUCAUCAGACAACGCACACGGGAGAGCGACCCUACGAAUGUUGCGAGUGUGGAAAAAGCUUCUCUCAGAGCUCAAACCUUACUGUGCAUCAGAGGAUCCACACAGGAGAGAGACCUUAUGAAUGCCGUGAGUGCGGGAAAAGUUUCAGUCACUUCUCCUCCCUUAUCUCUCACCAGAGAGUCCACACAGGAGAGAGACCCUAUGAAUGUUGCAAGUGUGGAAAAAGCUUCUCUCGGAGCUCACACCUUACUGUGCAUCAGAGGAUCCACACAGGAGAGAGACCCUAUGAAUGCAGUGAGUGCAGGAAAAGUUUCACUCACCUCUUCUCUCUUAUCUCUCACCAGAGAGUCCACACAGGAGAGAAACCCUAUGAAUGCAGUGAAUGUGGGAAAAGCUUCUCUCGGAGCUCAACCCUUGUUGCACAUUACAGAGUCCACACUGGACGCUACAUGUGCCAUGAGUGCGGGAAAAGCUUCAAUGGGAGCUCUGCCCUUAUCACACAUCAGAGAAUCCACACAGGGGAGAAGCCCUACACGUGCUCUGAGUGCGGGAAUAGCUUUGGGCGGAGGUCUCACCUUAUCAGACAUGAGAGAAUCCACACUGGGGAGACGCCUUACACGUGCUCUGAGUGUGGGAAAAGCUUCAAGCAGAGCUUUGCCCUGAGCGCACACAGGAGAAUCCACACAGGGGAGAAGCCCUACACGUGCUCUGAGUGUGGGAAAAGCUUCAGUCGGAGCUCACGCCUUAUCAGACAUCGGAGAAUCCACACAGGGGAGACGCCCUACACAUGCUCUGAGUGCGGGAAAAGCUUCAAUCAACGCUCUGCCCUUAUCAGACAUCAGAGAAAUACAUGCAGUGAGUGUGGAAAAACCUUCUUUCACAGCUCAGCCCUUUCUGUACAUCAGAGAAUCCACACAGGGGAAAAGCCCUAUGAAUGCAGUGAGUGUGGGAAAAGCUUCACUCAAAGAUCAGCCCUUUCUGUUCAUCAGAGAAUCCACGCAGGGGAAAGGCCCUUUGAAUGCUGUGAGUGUGGGAAAAGCUUCACUAGCAGCUCAGACCUUUGUAGACAUCAGAGAAUCCACACAGGGGACAGGCCCUAUGAAUGCACUGAGUGCGGGAAAACCUUCAAUCGCAGUUCGCACCUUAUUAGGCAUCAAACAAUCCACGAGGGAGAGAGGCCCUAUGAAUGCUGUGAGUGUGGAAAAUGCUUCACUAGCAGCUCAAACCUUUCUCAACAUCAGAGAAUCCACACAGGAGAGAGGCCCUUUGAAUGCCGUGAGUGUGGGAAAUGCUUCACUAGCAGCUCAGACCUUUCUAAACAUCAGAGAAUCCACACAGGGGAAAGGCCCUUUGAAUGCCAUGAGUGUGGGAAAAGCUUCACUCAAAGAUCAGCCCUUUCUAAACAUCAGAGAAUCCACACAGGGGAGAGGCCCUUUGAAUGCCGUGAGUGUGGGAAAAGCUUCACUAGCAGCUCAGACCUUUGUAGACAUCAGAGAAUCCACACAGGGGACAGGCCCUAUGAAUGCACUGAGUGCGGGAAAACCUUCAAUCGCAGUUCGCACCUUAUUAGGCAUCAAACAAUCCACGGAGGAGAGAGGCUCUAUGAAUGCCGUGAGUGU